CUUAGGUUCACUGCUAGGUGUAUAAUAGAGGACUGUGAGUGGAGAAUUCAUGCAUCCAAACUGAUGGAUGGCAUUAGUUGGGCCAUAAAGUCUGUAACAGGUGAGCAUAAGUUGUGUGGCAGAAUGGAGGAGAACCCAAUGGUUACCAGUGUUUGGUUAACAAGGCAUUUGGGUGAUGUAAUUAGUGCAAACCCUGAUGUACCUGUGCACUCAUUACAGAAAAUGUGUUUGGAAAGGUUUAGGAUAAAGGUGAAGGAAAGGUUGUUAUAUAAGGUGAAGUGCAUGACAAAGGAGCAGAUGUAUGGGGGCUUCUCUGAAUCCUAUGGGCUGCUACCAGCAUAUGCAGAGAUGAUAAAGAGGACUAACACUGGUAGCUAUGCUUUGGUGACUUGGACAGCCAACUCUUCAAACAGCACACCAAAGUUCAAGGCUUGUUUCUUCUCAUUUGCAGCUCAGUUCAAGGGGUUUCUAAGAGGGUGCAGACCUCUUAUUGGGUUUGAUGGGACACAUUUAAGUGGGUUCUAUAAAGGAAUCUUGUUGACUGCUGUGGCUAUUGAUGGAAAUAAUGAAAUAUUUCCAAUAGCUUAUGGGAUAGUGGACACAGAGAGUAAAGAUAGUUGGAGCUAUUUUUUCAGAAACUUGAAAUUGGUUUUCCAGUCACAAGGUGUUAACAAGGAUGACUGGACAUUCAUAAGUGACAGGAUGAGGGGUGUUGAGGGAGCACUGUUGGAGGUGUUCCCUAAAGCUACUAGGAGGAUUUGCUGUCAACACCUAUAUUCCAAUUGCAAGAAUGCUGGAUUCACUGGCCCUGCUUUCCACAAAUCUUUUUGGAUUGCUGCUAAUGCCUACAACCUUUAUGUAUACAACAAAGCCAUGGAGAAGAUAACAAAGGUUGAUCCUAAAGCUACAGAAUAUCUGGACAAGGCAGAGGAGCAGUGGUCUAGGCAUGUAUUUGACCCUGUUGUGUGUUGUGAUCACAACACAACAAAUUUUGUUGAGUCUUUCAAUGCGUGCACAAAACCUUUCAGAGAUCUCCCUGUCCUCACUUUGUUGGAAGAAAUUAGGGGUUGGUGUAUGAAAAAGGUGGGGGCUAGAUUUGACAGAGCUGUUGACAUGGAACCCACUGACCUCACUGACUAUGCCACUAAGUUGUUGGAGGUCAGGGCUGAUGAAAGCAGGUUCUGCCAUGUUGUGGAAGCUGGUGGAGGGGAGUUUGAGGUGCUGGAUGAUCAUGUGCACUUCCCUAUCAGGCUAUAA